AGUCAAGAAGGGGCCACCUAUUUCAUGUAUUACAAUAGCACAUUUUAAGAAUUUCGACACGAGGACUUUAUAGUUUCAUAAUUUCAAGCUUUUUGUUAGUUUAAAUCAUUUAGCAGACAAGAUGUACCCCGUUGGUCAACCUCCAGCGGGGGAGACAAGUGCGGGCGCCGUAGGCGUGUCGGCCACGGUGAGCACGGCGGCGGGCACCACGGGCGCCGCGCCGGGCGCCGCCAGCACCGCGCCCACCACCGGCGCCCCGCCCACCGGCGCCGCCGCCGCCGCCGGACCCAUCUCCCUCGUGUCCCCGGCGGCUGCCCCACCCCCCGAUCUCCCAGUCCUCACGUGUCCGAGAAGACCCAACCUCGGCCAUGAAGGAAGACCGAUUAUGCUCCGUGCGAACCACUUCCAGAUAUCCAUGCCGAGAGGUUAUGUACAUCAUUACGAUGUUAACAUUCAACCUGACAAAUGUCCAAGAAAGGUUAAUAGAGAAAUUGUUGAAACUAUGGUACAUUGUUAUAAUAAAAUAUUUGGUGCACUAAAACCAGUAUUUGAUGGUAGGAAUAAUCUAUAUACAAGGGAUCCAUUACCGAUUGGUAAUGAUAGAGUAGAAUUAGAAGUUAUUUUACCGGGUGAAGGCAAGGACAGAGUAUUUCGUGUUACUAUUAAGUGGGUGGCUCAGGUGUCACUAUUCGCUCUAGAAGAGGCAUUAGAAGGGCGUACGAGACAAAUCCCUUAUGACGCUAUCUUGGCUCUGGAUGUCGUCAUGAGACAUUUACCUUCAAUGAUGUACACGCCAGUCGGACGCUCAUUUUUCUCCUCCCCUGAAGGGUAUUAUCAUCCUCUGGGUGGGGGUCGUGAAGUUUGGUUUGGUUUCCAUCAAUCAGUGAGACCAAGCCAAUGGAAAAUGAUGCUUAAUAUUGAUGUCUCUGCCACGGCAUUUUAUAAGGCACAACCUGUUAUUGAAUUCAUGUGUGAAGUCCUAGAUAUUCGGGACAUUAAUGACCAGCGUAAACCUCUGACAGACUCUCAGAGAGUCAAGUUUACGAAAGAAAUCAAAGGGCUUAAGAUAGAAAUUACCCAUUGUGGUACUAUGAAACGAAAAUACAGAGUGUGCAACGUCACACGUCGACCUGCACAAAUGCAAUCAUUUCCACUGCAACUUGAAAAUGGCCAAACUGUAGAAUGUACAGUAGCGAAAUACUUCUUGGAUAAAUAUAAAAUGAAGCUCCGAUAUCCCCAUUUGCCGUGUUUGCAAGUGGGUCAGGAACACAAGCACACAUACUUGCCCUUGGAAGUUUGCAACAUAGUGCCAGGGCAGCGGUGUAUUAAGAAAUUGACAGAUAUGCAAACAUCAACCAUGAUCAAAGCUACAGCGCGCUCUGCUCCUGAUAGAGAGCGUGAAAUCAACAACCUGGUGCGUCGCGCGAACUUCAACACGGAUCUGUACGUGAAGGAGUUCGGGCUGACGAUCUCCAACAAUAUGAUGGAGGUGCGCGGGCGCGUGCUGCCUCCUCCCAAGCUGCAGUACGGAGGCCGCGUCUCUUCAUUGGGAGGACAGCAGGCGCUACCCAACCAAGGCGUCUGGGACAUGCGUGGAAAGCAAUUCUUCAUGGGAGUGGAAAUACGCGUGUGGGCCAUCGCAUGCUUCGCGCCGCAGCGGACCGUCAGAGAAGACGCCCUCAAAUUAUUAUUUAUUUGUCAAACAGCCGAAGUGAAGCGCGUCGGAGACACAGUGCUGGGCAUGGCGACGCAAUGCGUGCAGGCCAAGAACGUCAACAAGACGUCGCCACAGACACUCAGCAACUUGUGCCUCAAGAUCAACGUCAAACUCGGCGGCAUUAACUCGAUAUUGGUGCCCUCGCUGCGUCCGAAGGUGUUCAACGAGCCGGUGAUAUUCCUGGGCGUGGACGUGACGCACCCGCCGGCGGGCGACAACAAGAAGCCGUCCAUCGCCGCCGUCGUGGGCUCAAUGGACGCGCACCCAUCGCGCUACGCCGCCACCGUGCGCGUGCAGCAGCACAGACAAGAAAUAGUGCACGAGAUGAGUAGCAUGGUGCAGGAGCUGUUGAUAAUGUUCUACAAGAGCACGGGCGGGUUCAAGCCGCACCGCAUCAUCAUGUACCGCGACGGCAUCUCCGAGGGGCAGUUCAUCCACGUGCUGCAGCACGAGCUCACCGCCGUGCGCGAGGCCUGCAUCAAGCUGGAAGCGGAAUACAAGCCGGGCAUCACGUUCAUCGUGGUGCAGAAGCGGCACCACACGCGGCUGUUCUGCGCCGACAAGAAGGAACAGUCGGGCAAGUCCGGCAACAUCCCCGCCGGCACCACCGUCGACCUCGGCAUCACGCACCCCACCGAGUUCGACUUCUACCUCUGCAGCCACCAGGGCAUACAGGGCACGUCGCGGCCGUCGCACUACCACGUGCUGUGGGACGACAACCACUUCGGGUCGGACGAGCUGCAGUGCCUCACGUACCAGCUGUGCCACACGUACGUGCGCUGCACGCGCUCCGUGUCCAUCCCCGCGCCCGCCUACUACGCGCACCUCGUGGCCUUCCGCGCGCGCUACCACCUCGUGGAGAAGGAGCACGACUCGGGCGAGGGCAGCCACCAGUCCGCCUGCAGCGAGGACCGCACGCCCGGCGCCAUGGCGCGCGCCAUCACCGUCCACGCCGUCACCAAGAAGGUCAUGUACUUCGCGUAAUGCGCCGCGGGCCGCGCCGACGUCGCGCGAUCGGAUCCCACCCGCACCGGUCGACCGCGACGUUUCGCGACCGGUCUCCGAGCGCGCCGAUACGGGCUCGCGACCCGCCCCCGUCUUCGCCCGCCGACGUGCGUCCCUCGACCGAUCGCAGCCUGCGGUGAUCGUGUGGCGCGCGGUCGAUUCUCAUCGACGACUCGGAAACCUGUCGUCGGUCCGGCCGCGGUUCCUUUCGAGGUCCGAUUGACGACGAAGCUUCGCUUUUCUUUUGAGAAGUUUUGAAAUCUACGCCCGCAAAGGCGUGAAACUUUGUCACUAUGUAUGAGCUUUUCUCAGUGUUCCGAACGAUCCAAUAUGUGCUUCACCGCGGUACCGACGUGGUGAUCGGCCGCGUUGUCCUCGUCGAACCCAAUUAUGAAGACAAAUAUCGACAAAUAACGCAAUGUUAUACAAUAUAUUUUUUAUUUCUGAACCACGAUGGGGAUCGGGCGGGUGACCAGAGAGCCUCGGACCCCGCCUGAACCCCAACUGACGUUUUAGGAUCAAUUCCACACAAACACUAGUAUCGAUGACAGUAAUCAUGUAUCGAGUUUAUCAUUGUAGAAUGUAAUAUUGUUAAACUGUAUGUGCCACUUUAAUGCGUCCAUCAUAUUUUUUCAUCAUUCAACUUAGUCAAGUAUAGUUCUUAAAAUAUGCAACCAUGUUUAUAAAUAACAUUAGAGCGUAGAAAGUAUGCAUAUUAAAUGUAUAAGAUUUUAAACUUUCGCGUUCCAUUUCAACUAAAAUAGUAAACUAAACCAUGGCUGCAGCAUCGCAGCCGAAACGUCAAGCUGUGAGUACAUAAUGUAAAUCAUUAAUAUACGUCGCGUUAAGACCCGUGUCUUACUAUAUUAAAUGUAUCUUACUGCCUAUUUAUCAUAUCAAAAACCAUGAAACACCAUAACAGUGUAUAAUGUGUCGUAAAUAUAUUUAAAAUAGACUAUUAUAAAUUAAAACACCGACUUUCCUCCAGGUUAAAUUAUGGUCCAAACCGUCAUUCGUACUUUAUUACAUAUUAGCAUACUUUCGUGUAACUUAAUCUAGAGGAGAUGCGCAUUAUUUUGAUAGAGCUUUGUAAGUUCGUAUUAUCAUUAUUUAUAGUAGAUAAAUACAUACGUUAUAGCAUGAUAGUAUACUUUUUAUUCAGAUUUGGUCAGCAAUAUAGAUAACUUUAUGAUCUAUGUACACUAUUCACUUUGCCGGUGUAGGAUGCGUCGCAGGCAGCUGUGUCGCUGGGGCGGCAGCUCGGCCCUCAACACUAAGACAGCUUAACAUAUAGGUAAAUGUUCGGAUGACAUCAUUUUUCUAUUCUCUUAUAAAUUACUCAUAAAUUAUGUCUUUAUUCAUUCGUCAUUGUAUGCUGUCAAUGUGUUAAAAAUCGGGAGACCUCUAACAAACAAGUUAUGAAGCCUAAAUUCUAAUAUGUAAUAGGUUAAAACAUCGUUCAUUAUGUGAUAAGCUAAUAAGUGAGAUUGUGGGAUUGGAAUCCUUCGGGGAAAUACACUGGUUUCUGUUCUUGCUGGCUACGCUUAGAGCUUUUCCAGGCGACGUGUUUUUCCUCGCGCGUUUCGCUGCACAUGCAGUCUUGCGUUUUCAAAACGCGCGACUGCAAGUGACAAAAUGUAUGAACUUCUAGUACCUCAUGAUUGCGCGAUUCGAAAACGCGUAAGUAAAAACUUGUCAUCUGGACCAGCGUGGGUGUGUCUCGUAAGCAAAAGUCGAGGUAAUUAAAGUGCAAGCUCGUAUGCCUACGGAAUACUGAGGUUUACCGGUAACAUUAAAUUAUUCUCAGCAAAAAAUAGCUUAGAAUUAUCCAAACAUCGGUCACCGAGCGAUCUCAUCACCAAACUGCCAGCUAAUCUAACCAGUAACUUUACAUGCAUACUAAUUAGA